GAGACGCGCAGAGGGGAGAUUUUUCGGAUAUAAACAGCAACACGACACACACAAUUCAGCUCGACAAUUCAGCUCGACAUCCCAGCUACCAGCAGAAGAAGACGGCCACCAUCAGUUCGACAAGAAGACACACAGCAGCUCAGAAGAGGACAGCAAGCCAGCUCCGAGGCAUGGCCUCGAGAUCAACAAUGCGUGUGGUGCAUCGCAGAGAAGAGGGGUGAGGUGAUGCUCUGUGCUGAGUUCAGCAUUGACUGACAGAGUAUCGCUGAAAAGUUAUUCUCAGCGUCAAGCAAUCAACCAGAGAGAGAGAGACGGAGCAAGAGUGAGCGCACAGCAGCGCUACCAGCGUCACUGAGCAAGGGUGUCAGCAGCCAGCGGACAAGCGGUGUGUCCUGAUUCGGCUCAUCCAGCAGGGGAAAGAGCCUGACCAGCCACCCGUGAGCAAGAGUGUCAGCGGACCAGCGGCGAGCGCGUUCGAGCAUCUUCAAGGAGAGGUCGCGUGCGGCGCAGCUCCUCCACCAGUGGAAGGAGCCUGCUGCUGCCAGCGGGCCAGCGCACGAGCGACCGAGCAUCUCCAGGACGGGCAUCGUGCCGACGCAGCUCAUCAUCCAACGGCGGAGAGAACCGUCAGCCAACAUCAGACACCGAGCGAUAGAGGGAACCAGCCAUCGUUUAUAUACCCCUCCCCCACCCUCACACAAUAAUUUACCAAAGAGACAAUCCCACGCACCCACACACUAAGACUAAUUAUAAAGUGCAUGAACCUUCAGCUGGACGUGAAGGCAUCACAGCUCAUCGAGUGAUAAGAAUACGUCGUUUAUAGAUUGUCAACACUGACUCAACAAUGCAUUCUAAAAUCCAAGAUUUGGCAGUCAGAAGCUGGAUUAUUGUCUCAUGUUUCUUCAUCUCAUUGCACAGCUCACAAGCUGAAAGUGAAUGGGGAGUGACGUACGGACAGGAGGUCAUUGCCUCUCCUGGAAGCAGCGUGAUUCUUCCCUGUACGUUCAAGUACCCUGAAAAAGGAAAACUAAUUUCUGGUCCAGUUUGGAUGAAAGACUCAGACUAUUCAAUUAGUAACAUUGUGUACAGUACAAAAGCAGAUGAAAUUGUGGAGGAAUAUAGAGGAAGGACAUCCCUGGUUGGGGAUUUGGAUGCAAAUAACUGUUCUCUUAAAAUCAUCCAUGCAGAAAAAUCUGAUGGGCGUAAAUACUUCUUUCGUUUUAUGACUCAUGAUAGUUAUACUGGAAUAGCAGGCAUCGAACUUAAAGUGCAAGAUGAAAGUGAAUGGGGAGUGAUGUAUGGACAGGAGGUCAAGACCUGGCCUGGAGGCAGCGCGAUUCUUCCGUGUUCAUUCAAGUACAUUGAUGAAGGAAAACGGGUUACUUGGGCAGGUUGGAUGAAAAACAAAAACUUUCCAUAUGAUACCAUUGUGUACAGCACAUCAGGGGAAGUGAUGCAGGAAUAUAGCGGAAGGACAUCCCUGGUUGGGGAUUUGUAUGCAAGGGACUGUUCUCUUAAAAUAAUUAAUACAUCAAAAGAUGAUGGUAGUAGAUACUUCUUUCGGUUCACGACGAAAAGUCAUUGGACUGGCAACGUUGGAAUUCAACUGACAGUGCAUGAUGCGUAUUCACCUCGGAACACCAAAAUAGAUUUUCAGCCUGACCGAGUGAAAAGGGGCAUGAAUGUGAUUGUGAAAUGCGUUACUGACAGCUGGCCCCCAGCACACGACUACAAGUGGAGCAAACAAAUGCCUUCUGGGGAUAUAAAGCCACUGGAAAUAUUUGGAGAAAAGACAGAACUGCAGCAAGUGCAGGUGGGAGAUGCUGGUGAUUACCAAUGCCAAUCAACAAACGUAGAAGGGAGUGGAAGUGCGACAAGAACCCUUCUUGUUUAUUCGGUACCAAACGGUGUGCAGGCUCAGCAAGAUGUGCCGGCAUUGGUGAUCGGGCAGCCGGCCUCCCUGAGCUGUAGUGUAGCGAACGUGUACCCCAGGGGCUCGAUAAACAUCAGCUGGUGCAAGGAUCUCGUCACUGAAGUCACAACGGUUGAAAUGGCGCUUCCAGAUGGAACUUUCAAUAUAACAAGCAGGUUUAACCUCAUGCCAUCAGUCAACCACGAUGGGAAGAAGUGUUUUUGCUCUGUCCAGGGCGAUUUUCUGCAGUCAACACUCGAGGACUCCAUUGUGUUGAAAGUUAAAACGGUACCAGACAGUGUGCUCGCACAGCAAAAUGUACCAGUACUGAUGAUUGGACAGCCGGCUACUCUGAGCUGCAGUGUGGCGAGCGUGUACCCCAGAGACUUGAUAAACAUCACCUGGUGCAAGGAUGUCAUCACUGGAGAGGAUCACGAGAAUAAAACAGAACUUCCAGAUGGAACUUUCCAUGUCACAAGCACGUUCAACUUCACACCAUCAGCAGACCACUAUGGGAAGAUGUGUGGCUGCGUGGUACACGGUAUAAACCUGCCAUCAUUGCUCCAGGGUGUCAUUGUGUUGCAGUUUGAAAGUACUCUUGAAUGGAAAUACAUUAUAUACGGAACAGCAUGCUUCUUAGCCUUAAUGUUUGUGCUCGUGUUUAUUAUUUUAAAGAAAAGAAACGCAAGGACAUCCACUCGGAAUGAAGAGGCGGAAGACAACAUUUACUGGGAUGUGGUUUUUCAGGGUUCUAAAACUUGAACCCAGUAUUCAGACACGGGCAUGAGAAGAGGGGGCAAGGAGUCUAUAUACUAUGUACCAUUUUUAUCAGCUAAAGCCGACUGUAUAGUUCUUUCUCAGAAGCGACCUGGUCACAAAUGAUAGUUCAAGUGGCUUAUCAUCACGUCUAAAUAGCAGCCAAAUACUCUAAACGUGUGAUGUUGAUUCACAAUAUGUAGGGUAAAACCGGAAACCCCGGAGAAAAAUCCACGCGACCACGGAGACACGCAAAGCUCCAAAUUUACAACAGGCGUCAGGGUCGAACCCAUAACCUGCUGUAUACCAGGCGAGGCAGAUAACAUCACCCCAGCGCAGCCUCCUGUCCUACUGACGGGAUGACAAAGCCAUACCGAGGGUCAUCUGCCUUGGAGGCUCAGCCCUUCCACUUGGCAGCCCUUUAUAAACAUCCACUGGCAAUUGGACAUGAGGACCUCCUUGGCUAUUUGCCUCUUCAGCUGCCUGCAUGCACAUUUUUUUCCCUUCAAAACAAAUUCCAACCGUGCAACUUACGAAAACCAUUAAUUACCUUCGAUGUUUAUAUAUUCUACAAUAUAUCAUAGUAUUGCCAUGGCGCAGUAACCCUAGUAGCUAUGGCAUGCAAGAAGAAUAUGCGUUGAUGCCUCAGUAUUGAUGCAAAUCCUCAGGAAUUCAUACUCUUUGGUUAUUUCGAUAAAGUCACGUAGGUAGAAAAAUAAAACAAAUAAUAUAUCACGUAUCGAUCGCUUAUGUUGCGAUCGAAACGUCGUGAUAUAUUAUUUUUUGUUUCAUUUUCUAGCUACGUGACUUUACCGAAAGAACCAAAGAGUAUGGAUUCCUGCAGAAUUGAUGCACAUGUGCAUUCAUACAUCCACCAACACAACCAUCCACGUGUAAAUUUUGAUUUAAAGCUUUCGUGACUGCAGGGAUUCAUAUUCUUGGUUAUUUCGGUAUUGUUUCCCUUCUAUGUGACUUUACCGAAAGAACCAAGAACAUCCACAUGUAGUCAUACAUUCAUAUAUACAUGAAUACAUUCAUCCGAUGUAUAUGCAGACAUGCAUUCUAACGUGUUCUUAUGCGUAUGUAUUCAUACUUGCAUGCAUUACAAUAUUAAUUUAUACGCACAUUCCGACAUGCAUGUAUGUUUAACUUCUUUCGCACCAUUUAUGCGUUCAUACAUUUAUCCAAAUAUACAUGCAAUCAUAAAAAGCAAACACAUGCAACCUCGCAUAUGCGCUUGGUAGAGGUGUUGCAUUGAUUUGGACUGAUUUAUUAUAAGCAGUAAGCCAUUAAACACUUUUUUUAAAUAUAAUUGCUUAACAGUUCUGUGAGCCAACUUCUCUGUUUGCAUGUUUUUCAAUGUGUAUGUAAAUAAGUUCUGCUUUUAUGGAUUAAUUUUAAGACUAGUUGAAAACCAUCGAAGGGUCAAUGCAAAAACAAGUGGCAGAACUUUAUUUUUUUGUCGGUCAAAGUGCUUUAGAGUGUAAAAUACAGUACCUAUUUGGAAAUGA